AUGGAUCACAGCCGUGCGUCAACUAACAUAGCUCAUAGCACAGUGGCUUCUUCUACAACAACGGCAGCUUCGAAAUCAGCAUUUCCGACAACAGUUGCUCCCACAACAAAGGUUAGAUCAACAACAACGCAUGCACCAACAACAGUUAGGUCUACUACAAUCCAACAGUCAACCAGAGAUCUCAGCACAGUGGCUUCUGCCACAGAAACAGUUGCUCUAACAACAGAUAUUGCAACAACUGUUGCCCCAACAACAACACACGAACCAACAACAGCAAGGUCUACUACAGUCCAACCAACAACCACAGAUCUCAGCACAGUGGUUUCUUUUACAGAAACAGUAGCGCAAACAACAGAUUUUCCAAUAACAGUUGCUCCAACAACAGUUAGUCCCACAACAAAAGUGAGAUCUCCAACAACAGAUGUACCAACAACAGCUAAAUCAACUCCAGUCCACUCUACAACCAGUGAUCUCAGAACAGUGGCUUCACCAACAGAAACAGAAGCUCCAACCACAGCUUUUCAAACAACAUUUGCAACAACUUCAGAGCCAAGCACAACUGUUGUUCCAACCACCGUAAUCUAUCCGACAACUACCAUAGAUCUCAGCACAGUUGUUCCUCCGACAGAAACAGAAGCACUAACAACAGAUGUUCCAACAACAGUUGCUUCAACAACAACACAUGUACCAACAACAGUUAGGUCUACUACAGUCCUCCCUACAACCAGAGAUCUCAGCACAGUGGCUUCUGCCACAGAAACAGUUGCUCUAACAACAAAUAUUGCAACAACUGUUGCCCCAACAACAACACAUAAACCAACAAUAGCAAGAUCUACUAAAGUCCAUCCUCCAACCAGUGAUCUCAGCUCACACAGCACCUCCUCCAACAACAAUAGUCCCACCUUCAACCGGAGUGACCACGAAAAGACCGUCGCCAACAACUACCCUCUCUCCUACAAUACGUGUUCCCACAACAACUUUUUCUACAGCAACCUCUACAGCUUCAAAAACAUCCUUUUCACCAACUGCAGAAUACUCCACAACAGAGCUGCCUCCAACUGUUAUUCCAUCAACAACAGCCGGUUCAACAACGCUAAACCCGACCACACAGAGAAUCUGACUACAGAUGAGCCCACAACAGCAGAAGCUACAACAAGAGCAGUCACACCAACAGCUGAUGCUCCUCUUACGACAUUUUUUUCAACAUACACGGAUUAUCUAACAACUGACAUUCUGACAACAACAGUCGCACCCACAUCUUCUUCUGAGAAAGCUGUUUCAACAACAGUGGAAUCUCAAACAACUUUUGGUGCUCCAAAAACAGAGAUCCCUCCAACAACAGAUGUUCCCACGGCAGCACAGGCACAAACAAAGGAUGCGACUGCGACGACGGUUGCUUUUGUCACAACAGAUCUUUCCACAUCAGCAGCUACUCCAACAACAGUUGCUCCAGUGACAACAGUCGAUUCAGCGACAGUCCACUCCACAAAAACAGUCUCAGCAUUAUCGCCAACAACAAAUUUACCCACAACAGUUUUUCCGACUCGUGCUCCCAGAACCACUGAUGUUCCCACAACAACAGCCACUCCAACUUUUCCUACUUCAGAAGGUGCACCGACAACAAUCAUUGCAGUUACAACAGUUGAUUCGAUGACAGACAUACUGUCAACCACAGUCACUCAAACAACUGCUUCUCCCACAACUGCUUCAGCUCCGAUAACAGAGGAACUCCAAACAACUGCCAUUCCAGAAACCUCCCCCUUUCCUCCGACUCAAGCUGCGAACACAGUCAUCCCAGUCACUACAGUUGAUUUAGAAACAGACUUGCCUUCAACUGUUGCCCCAUCAACAACAGGAUCACCAACAGAAUAUCCAACAACAGUUAUUCCCACAACAGCUCGUGCUCCAACAACAACAGUCACUCCGAUGACUGCAGUUUCUACCACGACAAAUCUAUUUUCCACAACCGAAUACACAACAACGCUUGACUCCAGCACAGCACCUCGUCCAACAACACAAGUCCCACCUUCAACCGGAGUGACCACAACAAGACCGUCUCCAACAACUACCCUCUCUCCUACAAUACGUGUUCCCACAACAACGUUUUCUACAGCAACCUCUACAGCUUCAAAAACAUCCUUUUCACCAACUGCAGAAUACUCCACAACAGAGCUGCCUCCAACUGUAAUUCCAUCAACAACAGCUGGUUCAGCAACAGUAAAAUCGAUCACUGUUGAACCAAAAACAGGUCUCCCCACUACGAUUGUCCAGACAAGUGCUCCAACAACUGAUAACUCCUUGACAUCUUUGGCUCCAACCUCUCGUGCUCUAACAACAACCUUUGAUCCGAAAACAACAAUAAGAACCACAAGAUCUUCCACAAUUGCUCCCAAAACAGAUAUUCUGAUACCAUCCACUGCAACUCUUUCCAAAACACCCACAACUCCGACAACACUCUCAAUAAGAACAACUAGCCCUACAGUACAGAUUACUCCCACAACAUUUUCUUCCACAACCGAGCUCUUGACAACUGUUCCUCCAUCAACAACAGCCGGGUUAACAACACUAAACCCGACCACAGUUGGUCUGACAAAAGGUCUUCCCACAACAUUUUUCCAGACAAGUGAUGCAACAACAGAGGCUAAUUCCUUGACAGCAUUGAUUCCAACUACUGCUGUUCCCACAACUGUUCCUCCACAAACAUCAAUCACUCAAACAACCACAGUAUCUCCAACAAUUGCUCCCACGAAAAUAGAUACUCCUGCAGCAUCAGCAGAUCUAACAAGUGUUGUCCCUAUUUCACCAACCGCUCGAACAACACUCUCGCCCACAACAGUUACCCUGACAACACCAGUGACUCUCACGUUUCCUCCUACAUCAACUGAUCCAACAACAGCAUCCGUAUCAAAAACAGCAGCAGAUUUAACAACAGUCCUACCAUCAACAAAUGUCACUCCAUCAAGAACAACUGGUUCAACAGCAGAGAAUCUGACUACAGAUGAGCCCACUACAACAGAAGCCACAACAAGAGCAGUCACAGCAACAACUGAUGCUCCUCUUACGACAUUUUUUUCAACAUACACGGAUUAUCUAACAACUGACAUUCUGACAACAACAGUCGCACCCACAUCUUCUUCUGAGAAAGCUGUUUCAACAACAGUGCAAUCUCAAACAACUUUUGGUGCUCCAAAAACAGAGAUCUCUCCAACAACAGAUGUUCCCACGGCAGCACAGGCACAAACAAAGGAUGCGACUGCGACGACGGUUGCUUUUGUCACAACAGAUCAUUUCAUAUCAGCAGCUACUCCAACAACAGUUGCUCCAGUGACAACAGUCGAUUCAAUGACAGUCCACUCCACAAAAACAGUCUCAACAUUGUUUCCAACAACAAAUUUACCCACAACAGUUUUUCCGACUCGUGCUCCCAGAACCACUGAUGUUCCCACAACAACAGCCACUCCAACUUUUCCUACUUCAGAAGGUGCACCGACAACAAUCACUGCAGUUACAACAGUUGAUUCGAUGACAGACAUACUGUCAACCACAGUCACUCAAACAACUGCUUCUCCCACAACUGCUUCAGCUCCGAUAACAGAGGAACUCCAAACAACUGCCAUUCCUGAAACCUCCCCCUUUCCUACGACUCAAGCUGCGAACACAGUCAUCCCAGUCACUACAGUUGAUUUAGAAACAGACUUGCCUUCUUCAGUUGCCCCAUCAACAACAGGAUCACCAACAGAAUAUCCAACAACAUUUAUUCCCACAACAGCUCAUAGUCCGACAACAACAGUCACUCCGAUGACUGCAUCUUUGGCUACAACCUCCCGUGCUUUCACAACAACCUUUGCUCUAAAAACAACAAUAAGAACCACAAGAUCUCCCACAAUUACUCCCACAAGAGAUAUUUGGACAGCAUCCACUGCAACCACUGUUGUUUCCAAAACACCCACAAAUCCUACAACACUCUCAACGACAAUAACUCGCCCUACAACACAGAAUAAUGCCACCAAAUUUUUUUCCACAACCUUAAAUGAUUCCACAACAGAGAUGUUGACUACAGCCGGUUCAACAACAGUUAACAUACUCACAGUUCGUCUGACAAAAGGUGUUUUCCAGACAAGUGAUGCAACCACAGAGGCUAAUUCCUUGACGUCAUCUGCUCCAACUCCUGCUGUUCCCACAACUGUUCCUCCAAUCACUCAAACAACCACAGUAUCUCCAACAAUUGCUCCCACGAAAAUAGAUACUCCUGCAGCAUCAGCAGAUCUAACAAGUGUUGUUCCUAUUUCACCAACCGCUCGAACAACACUCUCGCCCACAACAGUUACCGUGACAACACCAGUGACUCUCACGUUUCCUCCUACAUCAACUGAUCCAACAACAGCAGCCGUAUCAAAAACAGCAGCAGAUUUAACAACAGUCCUACGAACAACAAAUGUCACUCCAUCAAGAACAAUUGGUUCAACAGCAGACUAUCUGACUACAGAUGAGCCCACUACAGCAGAAGCUACAGCAGUCACACCAACAACUGAUGCUCCUCUUACGACAUUUUUUUCAACAUACACGGAUUAUCUAACAACUGACAUUCUGACAACAACAGUCGCACCCACAUCUUCUUCUGAGAAAGCUGUUUCAACAACAGUGGAAUCUCAAACAACUUUUGGUGCUCCAAAAACAGAGAUCCCUCCAACAACAGAUGUUCCCACGGCAGCACAGGCACAAACAAAGGAUGCGACUGCGACGACGGUUGCUUUUGUCACAACAGAUCUUUCCACAUCAGCAGCUACUCCAACAACAGUUGCUCCAGUGACAACAGUCGAUUCAGUGACAGUCCACUCCACAAAAACAGUCUCAACAUUUUCGCCAACAACAAAUUUACCCACAACAGUUUUUCCGACUCGUGCUCCCAGAACCACUGAUGUUCCCACAACAACAGCCACUCCAACUUUUCCUACUUCAGACGGUGCACCGACAACAAUCUUUGCAGUUACAACAGUUGAUUCGCUGACAGACUUACUGUCAACAACAGUCACUCAAACAACUGCUUCUCCCACAACUGCUUCAGCUCCGAUAACAGAGGAACUCCAAACAACUGCCAUUCCAGAAACCUCCCCCUUUCCUCCGACUCAAGCUAUGAACACAGUCAUCCCAGUCACUACAGUUGAUUUAGAAACAGACUUGCCUUCAACUGUUGCCCCAUCAACAACAGGAUCACCAACAGAAUAUCCAACAACAGUUAUUCCCACAACAGCUCGUGCUCCAACAACAACAGUCACUCCGAUGACUGCAGUUUCUACCACGACAAAUCUAUUUUCCACAACCGAAUACACAACAACGCUUGACUCCAGCACAGCACCUCGUCCAACAACACAAGUCCCACCUUCAACCGGAGUGACCACAACAAGACCGUCUCCAACAACUACCCUCUCUCCUACAAUACGUGUUCCCACAACAACGUUUUCUACAGCAACCUCUACAGCUUCAAAAACAUCCUUUUCACCAACUGCAGAAUACUCCACAACAGAGCUGCCUCCAACUGUAAUUCCAUCAACAACAGCUGGUUCAGCAACAGUAAAAUCGAUCACUGUUGAACCAAAAACAGGUCUCCCCACUACGAUUGUCCAGACAAGUGCUCCAACAACUGAUAACUCCUUGACAUCUUUGGCUCCAACCUCUCGUGCUCUAACAACAACCUUUGAUCCGAAAACAACAAUAAGAACCACAAGAUCUUCCACAAUUGCUCCCAAAACAGAUAUUCUGAUACCAUCCACUGCAACUCUUUCCAAAACACCCACAACUCCGACAACACUCUCAAUAAGAACAACUAGCCCUACAGUACAGAUUACUCCCACAACAUUUUCUUCCACAACCGAGCUCUUGACAACUGUUCCUCCAUCCACAACAGCCGGUUUAACAACACUAAACCCGACCACAGUUGGUCUGACAAAAGGUCUUCCCACAACAUUUUUCCAGACAAGUGAUGCAACAACAGAGGCUAAUUCCUUGACAGCAUUGAUUCCAACUCCUGCUGUUCCCACAACUGUUCCUCCAAUCACUCAAACAACCACAGUAUCUCCAACAAUUGCUCCCACGAAAAUAGAUACUCCUGCAGCAUCUGCAGAUCUAACAAGUGUUGUUCCUAUUUCACCAACCGCUCGAACAACACUCUCGCCCACAACAGUUACCGUGACAACACCAGUGACUCUCACGUUUCCUCCUACAUCAACUGAUCCAACAACAGCAGCCGAAUCAGAAACAGCAGCAGAUUUAACAACAGUCCUACGAAGAACAAAUGUCACUCCAUCAAGAACAAUUGGUUCAACAGCAGAAUAUCUGACUACAGAUGAGCCCACAACCGCAGAAGCUACAACAAGAGCAGUCACAGCAACAACUGAUGCUCCUCUUACAACAUUUUUUUCAACAUACACGGAUUAUCUAACAACUGACAUUCUGACAACAACAGUCGCACCCACAUCUUCUUCUGAGAAAGCUGUUUCAACAGCAGUGGAAUCUCAAACAACUUUUGGUGCUCCAAAAACAGAGAUCCCUCCAACAACAGAUGUUCCCACGGCAGCACAGGCACAAACAAAGGAUGCGACUGCGACGACGGUUGCUUUUGUGACAACAGAUCAUUUCACAUCUGCAGCUACUCCAACAACAGUAGCUCCAGUCACAACAGCCUUCAUCACAAUAAAAGUAUUUUCGACAAAAACUCAAUCUUCAACAAUUGAUCCCACCACAACAAAUUCUCCCUCAACCAUGACGGCUUCAAACAAUGGAAUUCCCACAACAUUUAUGCCGACAACAGUCAUUCAAAAAACACUUGCUACCAGCAUCGGACCUGCUCCUACAACGGAUGUUUUUCCAACAAGAGGUGCCACCAUAACAACGGCCACUCCAACAACCUCCUUCUCAGCUACUACUCAUGCCCCCCCCACCUUGACUGCUUCAGUAACAGCAGUUGAUUCCACACCAAAGUUACCUUCUACAUUAACUCCAUCGACAACAUCCAAUUCAACAACAGUAAAACUGACAACGACUGAUCCGACAACAGAUAUUCUUAAAACAAUUUUCCAGACAAGUGCUUCCACAGCAGAUGAUUCCGUAACAUCAUCCGCUCCUAUGACUCGUGUUCCCACGAUUGUUGCUCCAAAAACAACAUCAAGAACAACAGGAUCUCAGGCAACUGCUCCCAUAACGAACACUUGGAAAUCAUCCACUCCAUCUAUGAGUGUUCCCAUAAUUCCCAGCACCGUGACAACGCACUCAUCCACAACAAUUAUCCCAACAACAGCCUUUUCACUUACAGCAUUUGACUUCACAACAGAGUUGGAUCCAACUUUUACUCCAUCAACAAAAGCUGGUUCAACAACAGACAAAUUGACCACAGUUGAUGCGACGCCAGGUUUUUCAACAAUUUACCAGAGUCGUGAUCCCACUACAACUCCUGCUACACCCUCAAUUGAUUCGACAACAGUAGCCAACUCAGACACAACGGACCAACAGACAACAAUAAUUGGUUCAACAACAGAAUAUCCGGCAACAGAUGUUCCCACAACGGCAAUCACACCAACAACAGACAAGUGCUCCAACAACAGCAGAACAUUCCGUGACAUCAUUGGAUCCAAUGAUGAGUGUUCCCACAACUACUGUUGCUCCAACGACACCCACCACUCCAACAACGCUCUCAGCAACAACAUUGAUUAA